AUUGUGAAAUUGUGCUAACUGUUUAACAACACUUUAAACUGCUGCAACUGAAUCAGGGUAAGAGUUGUAUACUUUUUUUUUGUCAGGUGGAACUACCUCCGAUUACACCGAACCACCAACAGAGCCUAACGAAGAUUCAGGGGACUCUGAGGAUAAUUGCAGUUAUGAGGCUGUUUUAAACCACCUGAAUCUGACCAAAAACAAGGAAAGGUACUUCAUGGCCCGACCUGUUAAACACCACAAAGAUAUUACAUACGUAUACCUCCAAAUGGUGAUCUAUGGCAUCCUAGAUGUGAGAGAGAUUGACCAGACUUUCGUUUCUUACAUUUGGAUUUAUAUGAGCUGGAUGAAUGAACACAUUAGGUGGUAUCCAUCUGACUUUUGUGGACUUGAAAGUAUAGUAGUUCCUACUGAAGUAUUGUGGAAGCCAGAUCUAAUCAUUGAAGAGAUGACAGAGAAGGACAAGGUCCCUCCGAGUCCUUAUCUCACCAUUUCAAGAGACGGCCGCAUCGAACUUAGGAACGACCUGAUGCUGGUCAGCACCUGUAGGAUGCAAGUUUACAAAUUCCCCAUCGACAUUCAGAGCUGCAACCUCUCUUUCAAGUCUGCCGUAUACCAUGAUACCGAAAUGGAGUUUCAAUUCGCCGAUUCAAAGAUCGCUGAGUGGACUCGAAAGGUGACCCAGUACGAGUGGAUGUUCAUCAACAUGACAGUCAAAAAGAAAACUGUCGACAAUUUGUUUUACCACCAAAGCAUGAUCGUUUACACUAUCAAGAUGAGGAGGCGGUCUAUCCUCUACACCGGCAACUUCUUGCUACCCAUCCUGUUCUUCUUUUUUCUGGACGUGGCCUCCUUCCUGAUCUCAGAAAGCAGCGGCGAGAAGCUCAGCUUCAAGGUCACUGUGCUGCUCGCUGUCACCGUGAUGCAGCUUAUUCUCAAUGAGAUUCUGCCUUCCUCAGACAGGAUUCCUCUUAUAGCGGUCUACUGCUUUGGGAUGUUUGGUUUGAUGAUGCUGAGCCUCCUGGAGACGAUUUUGGUGAUGUAUCUGAUGGAGAAAGACUCUGCAUCCCAAGACAACGAGGCAGCUAAAGACCAGAGCCUGAGUGAGGACUUCAAUGAUGGAGAGAUGAAGAAAUGGACUCCCUGUGCUUGUGUCUGUGAUGUGUCUGCUGAUGAACCUCCAUCUGAACUGCUGUCGGUGGCCAAAGAGGGCACCAGCAGCCAACUGACGGAGGAGUCUAACGUCUUGGAGAAGGUCUCAGAUGAGCUGAGGGAGGUGGAGAAAACACUGAUUCUGCUCCUCAGCAGCAGAAAGCCCGGCUACUGGACCAGAGUGGCUAAAACAAUCAACAAAGUUUUCUUCAUUUCCUAUGUCACAGUGGCCGUCCUGUUUUUAACCGUUAUCUUUUCAAUUUGGAUCCAUGCAGAUGACAGGUAG